GGAGACACGCCCCGAAGAGGAAGUUGCAGGUCAGAAAGCAGAAACAGGAGGGUGAUCAACAUUAGGAUCAGUGAGCGGAGAGGAUGGUGAACUGGGUGUGAGAGAUUUUGCACCAGGCAGCUUUUUAUUGCUUAUUUUUUCAUGUGUGAGCUGUCACCCGCUCACAGCCCGCUUCUGCUUUCCUGCUCGAUCGCUGAGCACAGCGCUGCUGCAGCGGCCUUAUGGAGCACAUCCGAACACCAAAGGUAGAGCAGGUGAAGCUGCUGGACCGCUUCAGCAACAAGUCCACCACAGGAACUCUUCACCUGACCGCCACUCAUCUGAUCUUUGUGGAGAGUAAUGCCACUAGUUCUCAAGAAGUAUGGAUCCUUCAUCACCACAUAGCAUCUGUGGAGAAGCUCUCUCUGACCACCAGCGGCUGCCCGCUGCUCAUACAGUGCAGGAACUUCAGGGUGGUUCACUUUGUGGUCCCGCGUGAGCGAGACUGCCACGACGUCUACAGCUCACUGCUGCGGCUGCUUCGACCAGUUUCUUAUGAUGAGCUGUAUGCCUUCUCCUACAACCCGAAACAGAAUGAGCAGCAGAGAGAAGAGGGCUGGCAGCUCAUUGACCUCGGGGCAGAGUUUGAACGUAUGGGUGUGCCAUGUGAUCAGUGGCAGCUAACAGACGUCAACAGAGACUAUAAGGUGUGUGAGACAUAUCCCAGAGACCUGUACGUCCCCAUCACGGCCAGUAAGCCCAUCAUUGUUGGAAGUUCUAAGUUCAGGAGCAAAGGCCGCUUCCCUGUCCUGACCUAUUUUUACCAGGAAAAGAAGGCUGCAGUGUGUCGAUGCAGUCAGCCUCUCUCAGGCUUCAGUGCUCGCUGUCUGGAGGAUGAGCACAUGCUGCAGGCCAUUAGCAAAGCCAACCACAACAACCGAUAUGUUUACGUCAUGGACACGAGGCCUAAGUUGAAUGCACUCGCGAAUCGGGCCGCAGGGAAGGGCUAUGAGAACGAAGACAAUUACUCCAACAUCCGCUUCCAGUUUGUGGGCAUCGAGAACAUCCAUGUCAUGAGAGCCAGUUUACAGAAGCUUCUGGAAGUGGUGGGCACUCGCUCUCUAUCCGUUACAGAUUACCUGGAAGGACUGGAAAACAGUGGCUGGUUGCGCCACAUCAAGGCUAUCGUUGAUGCUGCCAUUUUCCUUACAAAGGCAGUGACGUUGGAGGGGGCCAGCGUGCUGGUUCACUGCUCAGACGGCUGGGAUCGCACCGCCCAGGUCUGCUCACUGGGAGCCCUGCUGAUGGACCCCUACUAUCGCACUAUCAAAGGCUUCAUGGUACUUAUUGAGAAAGACUGGAUCGCCUUUGGGCACAAGUUUGCAGACAGGUGUGACCAGUUGGACGGGGAUCCGAAGGAGGUGUCUCCUAUUUUCACGCAGUUUCUGGAGAGCGUGUGGCAGUUAACAGAGCAGUUCCCACAAGCCUUCCAGUUCAGCGAGUGGUUCCUCAUUCAGAUUCACGAGCAUGUUCACUCCUGUCAGUUUGGCAACUUCCUGGGUAACAGCCAAAGACAAAGGGAAGAGCUCCAGUUGAAGGAGCGGACGCACUCUCUUUGGGCUCAUCUAAUAAGCGAGCAGCAGAAUUAUCUCAACCCACUCUACAGCCCCAGCUUUGCAGAGUCACAUCCUGUUCUGGAGCCCUCUACACAGGCCUGGCACUUCAAGUUUUGGAGGAACAUGUACCAUCAGUUUGAUCGCUCCAUGCACCCACGCCAGUCCCUACUCAAACAGACUCUGAUGCUGAAAGAGAACCGCAAGGAGCUGGAGAACACAGUGCGAGCUCUGCAGGCGAAGCUGCAGAAGUUUGGGGUGAGCACUUCUCCACUGGAGCUCCACACUCAGCCGAAAGAGCGCAGCCUCCCUCCCCGGCCCCAGUCCCUCAUCCUGGGGGCGCCCCUCAGCCGUAAGGAGACGCAGCAGGAGGAGGAGGAGGAGGCGGUGUUUGGUGAGGAGGCGCGGGAGGACGCUCCGGUCGGUAGUGGCGGAGAGCGGACUGUAGAGGGCAGCAGUGCCACAGAGAAUGGCUAUGGAGAGAUCCAGGGCUCAUUCGGCUCAAAGAGCGAGCCGGCUAUAGUCAGUCUGGAGUUUGGAGUGGCGCGGAUGACCUGCUGAGGAGCUGUGGAAUAUCAAAGGAAUGUAGAAAGACUUUAAAAUAUCGAGAUUUGUAUAUCCCUCAGGCUCGGUGUUGAGAGACAAAUGAAGGGGUGUGUGUGUGAGUGUGUGUGAGUGUGUGUGAGUGUGUGUGAGUGUGUGUGAGUGUGUGUGAGUGUGUGUGAGUGUGUGUGAGUGAGUGUGUGAGUGUGUGUGAGUGAGUGUGUGUGAGUGUGUGUGAGUGAGUGUGUGUGUGAGUGAGUGUGUGUGUGUGUGAGUGAGUGUGUGUGUGUGAGUGAGUGUGUGAGUGUGUGAGUGUGUGAGUGUGUGAGUGUGUGAGUGUGUGAGUGUGUGAGUGUGUGAGUGUGUGAGUGUGUGCCUUCACUUGAAGGCCUUGAUGAUGACCUCCACAUGUAAAGUAGGUGGAUGAAAGAGUGAAUGGAAAAGGAUGCAUUCUGUAAUGUAAAUCCGCUAUAAAUAAGAAAAAAAAACAUCUGUCAUUGUCUUGAACGAGAGAAGCUUUUGUUUUAUAAAGAAUGUUAAUAGCACUAAAAGAAAAAUAUUAAAUGUUUAAUCGAAGAGAGGACAGAAUCUCUCCAACCAGA